AUGAAGUCAAGGCCCUCGGGAUAUGACAAGCAAAGGCCCAUUGAAUUGAAUCUGCCCAUUCCUGAAUCAAAGUCAAAAUGGAAGUCCAAACGAAAGAUGACCUCUGAAAGUGACCAACGUACACCAAAACGACAAAGGCGAUCACGAAAGGUUAAGCACUCCUCUGAAGAUGGAUCAUCUCCUUCUCUUUCUGCUGUUCAGGAGAACGAAAGUGAUCAUGUGUCUCCGAAAGAUCCAGCUCAUAUUCCAACCUCAUCUCAGCUUGAUAUUGAAACCAACGUGGCAGCUGAACCAAUUCCUCAACCUGCACCAGUUCAAGCACAGGUCGUGCCCCCUUCAACACAAGUCCAUCAGAUCAGCAGCUCUGAAAACACUCAUGUAAAAAAUUCGUCUGAAGGUGAAUGUUCAAACAUCAACCGAGCAGAUUUUGCCAAUCUCCACUCUCGACCAAUUCAUGACAAAGCACAAGAGAUCAUGACUGAAUUAGCUCCAUCGCCUACUUCCACCCUCUCCAAAUUCAGAAGGACAUUGGAUACACCCCCGCCUACUGCUCAGGGGGGAGAUAAAACCACGAAUACAUCUGCUGUUAGGAAAUUCUCCAAAGUCCUUGCCAUUAUGCGGGAAAAGAAGAAGCAAAAAUCUACGCCCGAAAGUUCCUUUCCACAAGAACCUACUGUUGCAGAGCAGGUCCACCCGAUUCUGACACAAGAACCUGCAAUAGUAGAAAAGGACAGGUGUGUCCCUUCUUUUUCUGAUCUCUUGAGUCUCCCACAAGAACCUGGUUUACCAAAAGAGACGAGAGAAGAGAUCAAUGAGACAAGUUUAGCUCCACCUCCAUCGAAAGAUCAACUACUUCGACAAUCUAUCUUCGAGGAGUAUCAACGAGUUUUGCGAUGGCAGAAAUGGCGCACAUCUCCUCUCGACGUCUUCCUUGCAGGACUCAAUGAUAUGAAAGAAGAAGAGACCUUUGCCUUAGACUGGAUGAACACGAAGGAUGUUUAUGAGGCAAUAAGGCCCCCAGUCUUUCUUGACAUCGUGAAACCUUCAUAUGAUGAUCCAACCUUUGAGGCCGAAAUCAAGACUGAGCUUGAGAAGCUUUACAAAAAUGAUCCUCAUUUCAGUACCAGUGGAACGAAAGAUAUCAAAGAUCACAUCCAUCUGCCAGCUGAUGCACAAGAAGAGCAAGUCUCUAAGCCGAAUGAUUCUGAAAAUGAGAUUGCUGAGAGUGCUGCGAAUGUGCAAACUGAUGAAGACAAAGAUACUGAGAAAGAUGAUGAUGAAGAAGAGAAAAACGAUGAUGAAGAGAGGAAUGAUGAUGAAGAAGAUGAAGCUGACGAGAACAGUGAAGAAGAAGAUGAUGCUGAUGACAAUGAUGAUGAUGAGGGUGAUAACAACAUUGAUGAUGGAAAUAAUGAUGACCCGAAUGAUGAUGGUGGUAAAAUAGUGAUGCUAACUCCAGCGAUGAUAAUAACGAUGAUGAUGAAUCUCCUGACAUUGGACGAACUAAGAUGA